CACAUGUUCUUUAUUCCUUAUAAAUAUCAUCCAUUUGUAGCUUCAAUUGUAUUCGCACUCACACUAGCACGCAACCUGUUUGUUCGUAAAUUCGGCCACUCCAAAGUAUAUGCACCACAAACAACAACACCAUCUUAAUCUUCUCCACCCAAAGCGCAACUUGCAAAAAUUACAUAAAUUCCUAGCCCAAAAACUUGAUCAGUAAACAAACAUGGGAAGUUCCGUGCGUGUAAAAGAAGCAUCUGUGGUUACACCUUCUGAGCCCACUCCAUCGAGUGUGUUGGCUCUAUCAGCUCUUGAUUCGCAACUCUUCCUUCGUUUCACCAUAGAGUAUCUCUUGGUCUACAACCCUUGCCCUGGCCUGGACCAGGCUGCCACCACGGCCCGUUUAAAAGCAGCAUUAGCCCAAGCACUGGUUCCCUACUACCCCUUCGCGGGCCGGGUCAGGACCAGACCCGAUGGACCGGGCCUGGAGGUGGUUUGCGGAGCCCAAGGCGCGGUGUUCAUAGAAGCCUCCGCUGACCGUUACAAUGUUAACGACUUCGAGAAAGCGCCUAAAGCAGUUGCGCACUGGAGGUCGCUCUUGUCGCUCCACGUGGCAGACGUUCUCAAAGGAUCGCCGCCGCUGGUCGUUCAGCUGACGUGGCUCGGCGACGGCGCCGCCGCAAUCGGCGUGGGGAUCAACCACUGCAUCUGCGACGGGAUUGGGAGCGCGGAGUUUCUAAACCACUUCGCCGAGUUAGCCAACGAGAAACGCGAGUUGUUAUUAUUAGCUCAGAGGCCCAAACAUAAACCUAUUUGGGAGCGUCACCUUCUGAAGCCAACGCGUGGGAAGCAGACGCGGGUAGACUCGGAGAGUCACCCCGAGUUCAACCGAGUCCCGGAUUUAUGCAACUUCAUGAACAAAGUCUCGACGGGGCUUAAACCGACCUCGGUGACCUUCGACAAGAGGAGACUAAACGAGAUGAAGAGACUCGCGAGUAGCACGAGUGAACCAGGCGAGACGGUGUGUUACACGUCGUUCGAGGUGCUGGCGGCGCACGUGUGGAGAAGCUGGGCGAGAGCAAUAAGGUUUCCGCCGAAUCAGAAGUUGAAGCUGGUGUUCAGUAUAAACGUGAGGAACAGGGUUAAACCGGGUUUACCAGAGGGGUAUUAUGGGAAUGCGUUUGUUUUGGGGUGUGCGGAGACGAGAGCGAAGGAGCUGGAGGAAAGAGGGAUAGGGUUCGGGUCGGGUUUGGUGAAGCGGGCGAAGGAGAGGGUUGGGAAUGAGCACGUGAGGGGCGUGAUGGGGAUGGUGUGGGAGAGAAAAGCGUGCCCUGACCCGGUUGGGGUGCUCAUAGUGUCGCAGUGGUCCAGGCUGGGUUUGGAGAACAUUGACCUGGGUAUGGGCAAGCUUCUUCACGUCGGACCCGUGUGCUGCGAUAGGUACUGCUUGUUUUUGCCGGUCAGAGAUCAGUGUCUCAGUGUCAAGGUCAUGCUGGCUGUUCCCACUCACGCCCUUCACAAUUACCAGCUUUUUAUGCGUAAUAAUUGAUAUAUAAAUUAUCUUACUCAUUUUAUCAUCGUCUUCUAUUAUAUCAUAAUUUUUUUUCUUUCUAAAUCUAGAACAACAUACUAUAGGUCUAUUAAAUUUAUUUUGCUUUCGUAUCCUUGCGUCGCAUCGGUGACUUGUGUCGUCAAAAGUGUGAAAUUGCCAACUCUCA